CCCAAAAUGUCACUUCAAACCACUAUCCCAAGGAAACUUGAGGCCCUACGAAAUCUUCCACGAGAAGAGCAGUAUAUUGGAGUAGCUGUCGCUGUCGCUGUUAUAGCUGCUGCUGUUUACACGUCAAAGUCUGCCAAAAAGAACACAGCUCCAUUUGUAUCUGGAUCCACUCCUGCUGGUAGGUGAAGAUCCACGUAAAGUAGAAGGUAAAGGCGACAUGUCAGUAAUAGGGACUCAAAUUAGCAGGUAACGUC